UAUCAUAAUUUUUUCUUUUUGAUGUAGGCUCGUCGAGGGACGAUAUGGGAGAAGGGUAACUCAACUGCUAAGUACAACUUCAUUUCUGACUUGAACCUUUGCUUUCAAUUUCAUCUCUCCCUGCUUUUCUCAGUCUAAAUGUAAACUGCGAUCCUUUCCGGCCAGCCAGAAUCUUUUUCUUGGCUCUGGCUUUCAAUUCACCACAAUUUCAAUCACUUCUUUUGAUUUAAAUUAUUCCCCAAUUUGGCAAAUUACCCAUCUUUACAGAUCUCUUCCUUUUUGGGUCUCAAAAAAUGGUAUCCACUUCACAAAACAGCAAUUCCCUGCAUAAAAUCUUAACUUCCAAACUAACCUUAACAAUCCCACCUUCAAAAUCCUCAUCUUCUUCUCCUCCCACUGAAGAUUUUGAUUUUUCUGAUGUUUUUGGCCCUACUCCAUCAUCCCCUUCUUCCCAAAAUCCAUAUCCAAAGGACCCACAAGUGAUUCAUAACCGUUCUCACUCAUUUCUGGGUCCCUCACCUCGUUGUAACAUCCCUUCUACACACCCAUUUCAUCAAACUUCUGAAGAAAUCAUUUCCCAGAUCAGUGAUGAUGAAGAUGACGAUGAUGUUGAAAUUGAGGUUAAAAAAGAUGGGACUUUUGUUGAACAGUUGGUGUGCAUUGAAGAGGAGAAAGAAGAUGAUGAUGAUGAAGAUGAAGAUGAAAAUAAGAUGAUUUCUAAAGUGGGUCCUGAAGAUUUUGAGAUUUUGAGAGUUAUUGGUAAAGGUGCUUUUGGGAAAGUAUUUCAGGUUAAGAGGAAAGGGGAUUGUGAGAAUGAUGGUGAUGGAAUAUUGGCUAUGAAAGUUAUGAGAAAAGACAAUAUUAUUAAGAAGAAUCAUGUUGAUUAUAUGAAGGCUGAGAGAGAUAUUCUUACCAAAGUUGUUCACCCUUUUAUUGUUCAACUUAGGUACUCUUUUCAGACCAAGUCUAAACUUUAUCUUAUUUUGGAUUUUAUAAAUGGAGGGCACUUGUUCUUUCAUCUAUACCGACAGAAGAUUUUCAGUGAGGAUCAGGCAAGACUUUACACUGCAGAAAUAGUGUCUGCUGUAUCUCAUCUUCACAAGAACGGGAUUGUGCAUCGAGAUCUUAAACCCGAAAAUAUUCUCAUGGACGCUGACGGGCAUGUUGUACUAACUGAUUUCGGACUUGCAAAAGAAAUCGAUGAAUCAAGCAGAUCAAAUUCUUUGUGUGGAACGAUGGAAUACAUGGCUCCAGAAAUCAUACAAGCUAAAGGGCAUAAUAAGAAUGCUGAUUGGUGGAGUGUUGGGAUCCUAUUGUAUGAAAUGUUAAACGGCCAGCCGCCAUUCACACAUUCCAAUCGACAAAAGCUUCAGCAGAAAAUUAUCAAUGAAAAAGUGAAGCUUCCGCCAAUGGUAACCACGGAAGCGCAUUCUUUGCUCAAAGGAUUGCUGCACAAGGAUCCGUCAAAGAGGCUAGGUAGCGGUCCAACAGGUGCAGACGAAAUCAAGAGCCACAAGUGGUUUCGCCCUAUCAACUGGAAGAAGUUAGAGGCCCGAGAAAUUCAACCCAAGUUCAAACCCGAUGUGAGUGGCAAGGAAUGCACUGCGAACUUCGACAAAUGCUGGACAACGAUGCCAGCAAACGACUCGCCUGCUCCUACACCUACCGGCAACGAACAUUUCCAAGGUUAUACGUAUGUUGCUCCUAAUCAUUGGCUUUCAUCGGAUGGAGAUGAGUUUGAUAUCUCUUGAAACAUGCUCUGAAAUAGGAAAUUAGUGCACAGACAUAGGCCUUUUACAAUGAUCAAUCGAAAACAACUGAUAUUGUAUGGAAUGCAAAUAUGAAAAAUUAUAUACGUGCUUAUCAACUUUAAUAUGUGAUAUUUGCGGUUUAUUGUUGAAACUAAAAGGUGAAAGAGAUUUGGGUAGUAUUGUAUAGCUGAUAGCGGGUAAAGCUUUGUCCUACAAUUAAUUGAGACUAGUUGGUUUAUUUGAGACUUGGGACUGAAAACAAUUAUACUUCAUACCUCACUUUCAUUUAUGACCAA